AUGUCUGUAUCGCCAAUCUCUUCCCUUGGCCCUCACAAUGGCCCCGAAACCUCACCUAAUAGAAUUAUGGUGAGCCCCGGCCCUUCGGCAUCAAGUUCAUCAACGACCGUCAAUAUGUCCAGACCACAUUCCUCAACCACGGCAGGUCCUGGUAUCAAUACGAAUGUGAACAACAACUCUUGUCAAGCCCCAACCUCUGCUGCCGACAUUGUAGGCCGAGCAAAUCUGGCUAGUCCAACUACUCCACAGUCUUUCCUCACUCCCACUCCCACUCGUGUCGAUACCUCGGGAACGCUACGCGGUCCCCUCUCGCCUCAGCAGACCUUCGGGACUCUGAGCCCAUCCUCCACAAUCUACCCCUCCGUCAGCACAAGCAGCACUCUGAAACAGACUGCUACAUCUCAAGUCACUCUCGUCCCCUCCAAGGUUCCUGCCCAGCGUCCCCAAGGUUGGUUCCGAAGGACUACCGCCAAUAUUCAUCAGGCUUAUCAUGAAUACUGGAUGCAGGCAUCCAUGGUCGGUCUUGCUGUUCUGGGUCUUCUCACAGCACUGGCACACCAUCUAUACAAUGCGAGCCUCGAUGGCCGUCGGGUCUCUGGUGAUACGCAAUGGCCUCCGAGGUUUGGCAGUGCACUAUCAUUCUUUGUGAAAGCCAUUUUGAUUGCUUCUGUGGAAAUAGCUUAUAAGCAGCAGGCUUGGCUGGUUGUCAAGAAGCGAGACCUGAAGAUGUCAACUCUAGACGCAAUCUUCUCCCAAAACCUCGAAAUCGAUUCUUUGGUUUGCUCACAUAAUUCUUUCUUGAAGGUCUACUACGAUCCGUUCCAAUUCGCCAAUUUUGAAUUCUUGUUCAAGACUUGGCUCCCUGCUCUACUUGCCAUUGUGUCUUGGGCAUUGCCACUGUGUGCAAUCGCAUCGCCAUCCACGCUGAUGUCCACAGCCGGGUACGAGACGACCUUCACCAACUGUACCAAUGUUCCUGUAAUGAACCUCAGCCGCGAGAUUGGCUACACCCUCGCUGAGACCGAAGACGAUCUGUCUGGCCUCGCAAACUGGAACAUCAUGUCCAACGGCGAAUACGUCUAUGCCCAACCGUCUUCGGAGAUGACGCGCCUCUUUGAGCUCUCUACAUUGUCCACCACAGGGCCACUGCAGCCCAGCAGUCCUUGCCCUGCCGGCACAAAUUGCACAUAUGUUUGCUCAUUUUUCGCUCCCGCCUACGGGUGUGAGGAGAGAGACGAGUUUGGUGGACCGGGCCAGCAGGUCAACAGAUCCGACAUGGCGCCUAAUGGCCCUCUGCUCUACGCCAGCUAUUCAUCCCUCCCCAUGGGUACCGAAGACGAGAAUGGAGCCCCACUCAUCUGGACCAACAUGAGCCAGGCUGAUCCAAAUGACCCAGAGAUAGGCGUCUUCACGGGUCUGCCCUCUUUGUGGCUGGGCUGGGUCACGCAAUCUGCAAACGCCACCGACGGGCUAUGGACCAACCUGACAACGCACAUCUCGGAAUGCCAAAUGUACAACGCGACUUAUACGUUCAACGUCAGCUGGAUUAAUGGCGAGAUGAAUAUCGACAACAGUGACACACAGCUUCACAAUCUGUUGCUCCCCAACGGCAGUUCAAAAAGUCCGAAUGCUACUGACUACCUGGAGUUUGGGUCCUAUCAUGCGACAGGCUGGCUGCUGCGCAACCUCCUCAGCGGGAACGUCACCCUGGCCAACCAGAGUGACCCUUCAACAGAAUACGCCAUCACCUGGACAGACACAACGCAGACAACGCUCCUCAACCCAGCAUCCCAGCUGCCCGCCGGCGGAGACGACCUGGCAGCAUCCGUAGGCGACCUGUACCGCAACGUUUUCUUCUCCAUGAUGUCCGACAGCGGCCUUCAUGACAGGCAGCUCAGUACGGUCCAGUGCGCGAUCACGACAUCCGUACAGGUGUGGAAGUACGAACCCUUCUGGCUCAUCAUGCCCUACGCCGUCGCCGUGGGCGUGACGUUCCUGACCUUGCUCGUUGGCAUGCACGGCUUCAUCAUGAACGGCUAUGCCGCCGACGCCAACUUUAGCACCUUUGUCACGACCUCGCGCAGCAAGGACCUGGACACGCUAUCCAAGGGGUCGUGUCUCGGCCAUUGGCCCAAGGAGAAGCACCUGAUGGAGUCGAAGCUGAAGUUUGGCGAGGUAGAGACGGACGGGUCGAGUCCCCAUGUUGCGUUCGCGUUCCCGGAGACCGUCAAGGGGUUCGAUAAGAGGAAACAGUACGUGCAGAAGGCAGAAAAGCAUUGA